UCUGGACGAUUACGCCAUAUUUUGAAUUAUUGUCACGGUUCGGCUAACCCGAUCGUCGUCGAAAAUCGAGAAGGCAGCGUGAUUAACUCGUCGUCCUUGUCGUAUGUAUCAUCGUGCGAAACAUGUCUACUCCAGAGGAGGUGACGGAGAGUUUGACGACGCAGGUGAACGAGUUGCAGGCAUUGCAGUCCGUUUACCCGACCGAGUUGACCGUGGCGGACCAUGGGGUUUUGGCUGACAUCAACGAGUACAUCGAGUGCCCUGACCGGGACCUACCGCGAUGGCUGGAGUACGCCAUCACAAUCCCGUUGAACGGUGAGAAUAUUGAAUUGCUGGUGACGCUGCCGACUAAUUAUCCGAAAAAGCAACCUGAAAUAUAUGCUAGAGGUUCUAGUUUGGACAGAACGCAGCAAUGCUUGUUGAAUAAGGAAUUAUCCGCCAUCGUUGAAGUUCAAGAAACGGGUGAGCCUUGCAUCUACACACUGAUAUCGUGGCUGCAGGACAAUGCUGAGGUUUAUCUCAAAGCUUCCACGUGUAAUCAAGUUAAACACAACAGAUUAGCGAAUAGAACCAGCACGGAAGAUCAGACCGCAAUGGAUUUCUCCAGAUAUUGGAUUUACAGUCACCACAUAUACAGCAAAUUCAAGCGACGGGAUGUGGCUAAUUUGGCAAAGGAAAAUUCUAUCACAGGUUUUUGCUUGGCCGGGAAACCGGGAAUAAUUUGCAUGGAAGGAACUCUAGAUGAUUGCGAGUACUGCUGGCAGAAAAUUAAAACUAUGAACUGGCACAAGAUACUAGUAAAAUUAUUAGAAAAAGAGAAAGACUGUAAUGAUGUGGAUAGCAUGCGCAAGUUUACGGACUUUCAAGAAGUUUCCUUCCCCACUACCGAGCGUCAUAACGAUAUGGGUCAACUUUUGAAAUAUCUAACUGAUCAUGAUUGUCAACAUGCGUUCAAAGAACUUUUUGGAAUAGAAGGAAAAUUCAGUAAACUUUCAAAUUGAUAUGAUUACAUAAAAGCAGAAAUACUAAUGACAAAUAUACUUUGUCUAAUUUUUUUUCAA